AUGCCUUCAUCAACAUUGAAGCCAUGUCCACCUCCACCAUCCGCUCUCUCUACACUCAUCACCAGCUCAGGAGCCAAAUGCGCCUCCGAAUCACUGGCAAUCUCUAUCUUGCAUAACCUCCGGUAUCAACAUAACUGGACAGAGCUCAAAUUACACCUGGUGUACGUGAACCAAGUGUAUCAUCCCUCCCGGGACCCGAGCUUGGAGGCUGCACUUGUAGACCUGCCGGGUCUCAAUUUCCAUCACUCCAACUCAUCUUCGAGGACCGCUUCUCCCGCACGGUCAGGGUCGAGCUCCGGAUCAGCGACGCCCACUUUAGACGGCACAUCUCCAUCAAUUGGCGCCUCAACUUUACAAUCUCUGUCGGGCUCCAUCCCUCUGAUUUCCGGCCUGCCUCCACAGCACAGCUACAUCCACCCAGACCUUCAGACGUAUCUGAUCAAGCACACUGUCCAAGAAACCGAGCUGCCGGUUCAGCGCGAGUUUGUGCUUCCAUUGGCGCUGGGAGAGAAAUGGACGCUAAAUAGAUUUUGUUCCGUUUUUGACGCCUUACCCGAGCGAGAGGCUGUCCGCGUCGAGCGUCCGUCGAGCAGGGGCAACACCACUGCCCAAUACAACGGCAGAGCUAGGGUCGCCGGACCCGGCGACGUCUACGAGCACACAGACCAAAAACGAGUCCUUCUCGGUAUGCGGGCGAACGAAGGAAUGGGCGGCGAUGGCACCGUGGUAUACUAUAUCAUGCAGGAAGGGGAGGUCAAGCCUAGGCAGAACGGAUGA